AUGGCUGGGGAGAGGGGAAGGAAGCACCCCGGGCGAGCCAGCCAGGCGAGUCUGGAUGCAGCUCGAUACCCUCCCUGGCGAGGGGUCUUGAGUCCACUGCUGGUGGUUGGCACUGCUGCAGGCGGAGGAUUGCUGGCCCUUGCCUUGGGGCUAACCCUGGUUUUGCCAGCAAGUCUGCAUCAGGGACUGGAGGAAGGCCUGGAGGCUGCCUUGGCUCACUACAAAGACACAGAGGUACCUGGACACUGUCAGGCCAAACGACUGAUGGAUGAGUUGCAGUUGAGGUACCACUGCUGCGGACGCCAUGGCUACAAGGAUUGGUUUGGUGUCCAAUGGGUCAGCAACCGUUACCUGGACCCCAGUGACCAAGAUGUGGUUGACCGGAUCCAGAGCAAUGUGGAAGGUUUAUACCUGAUUGAUGGAGUCCCCUUCUCCUGUUGCAACCCCCACUCACCCCGGCCUUGCCUGCAAAGCCAACUCUCAGACCCUUAUGCCCACCCACUCUUCGAUCCUCGGCAACCCAACCUAAACCUCUGGGCACAAGGGUGCCAUGAGGUACUGCUGGGACACCUGCAGGGAUUGUCAGGCACACUGGGAAGCACGUUGGCUGUCACCUUCCUGCUGCAGGCUCUAGUGCUCCUCGGCUUGCGGUAUUUGCAGACAGCGCUGGAGGGGCUUGGAGGAGUCAUAGAUGGGGAAGGAGAGACCCAGGGCUAUCUUUUUCCUGGUGGGCUGAGAGACGUACUGAAAACUGCCUGGCUACAGGGAGGGACUGCCCACAAGCCAGCACCUGAGGAGACCCCACCAGAAGAGGAACCUCGCAAGGAGGAUCUACCUGAGGCCUAGUAACCUGAAGUGGGGGGGGGUAGACAAAUAUGAAAAACUUACCUUUUUUAUUUUAUUUUUUGGUUUUUAGAGACAGGGUUUCUCUGUGUAGCUUUGGAACUCACACUGUGGACCAGGCUGGCCUUGAACUCACAGAGAUCUCCCCCACCACCACCAACCUCCCAAGUGCUGGGAUUAAAGGUGUGAGCCACCACUGCCCAGCAAAUUUACAAUUCUUUACUAGGGCUAAGGAAGGAAAGGUCCUGAGCUUACAGGAGUUAGAGCAGUCAGAGACAGACUGGAAUGAAGAGGAGUCCAGGUGUCUUGGAGCCCAGCCUUUGCAGCCAGAACCACCAAGACUGAGAAUAGAUCAGGGUGACAAGAAAGUGACGCCCAAUGGACUGGAGACUGUUGCUCGUAUACAGAUUCUACAAUAAAGUUUUUGGAUGGAACCCACUGCUCUCUCUCUUGUCUAGGGGAUAGGGCCUGAAGGACUGAUGUCUGUGCAGAGGAGCAAGCAGCCUGUGUAGGAAUAGGCUGUCUCUAUCUCUUGGGAUUAGAGCGCAGCAAGGAGCUUUGCCAAAUGAAGAGACACAAGAGGCCCUCCAGGUUGAGAUUCUUUAUUCUAGAGGUAGGAAGGGGAUCCGCAUGCUCAGGUGGGGAGGGUCCAGCCCAGCUCCUCUAGCCCCCCAGUGCAUGCGUUUCCCCAAUAAGUUACCCAGUUCCCUUAGCCACCCUCCCUCCUGAGUCCAUCUGUCCUGCUCCACCCCAGAUGGGGCUGACCUGGCUCAAUACAACAGCUGCUUGUCCCUAGCCUGUGGGCAGUGCCACAUGGCAGGCUGGGGGAAAGGAGGGAAGCAGCUGGGCCACACCCUGUGGUUGGAGGGGCUGCCUCUGGUUCUGAGGGGUCAGGU